AUGGCCACUGAACUAUAUCGGGAAGCUAUUCAUGUUCCGUUUAUGGCAAAAUUCGUGGUGUUUGCAAAACGGACAGACGUUAAUGAAGCACGAGUCAGAUUGUUCUGUAUGACUGACGACAGGGAAGAUAAAACCUUAGAACAUAAAGAACACUUCACUGAAGUUUCAAAUAGUAGAGACGUUGAGGUUUUAGAAGGCAAACCUGUUUAUAUCGAAUUUGCAGGAAAUUUAGUACCCGUCACCAAGUCAGGUGAACAGCUCAAAUUAGUAGUCCGGGCGUUCAAAGAAAAUAGAUUACCAUUUACAAUGCGUGUGAAAGACCCUAAUGCUGAGCCUCGUUCGUGGACUAUUAUAAUGAAAGAACAAAAAGUUUCUAAAAAUGAACCAGCACAAACCCCAGUCUGCGUUUUGCAAUUUGGAUUACCUGGAAACAUUGUACCUGAUACAGAAGACAAUGCAGAUGGGCAUUAUAGUUAUUCGUAUACCUACGACUUAGACGUUGAAUCUCAUAAACGUGCUGAACUAAGAAUUACCGAUAUUAGUAAUUUUGUGUCUGAAGAUUGGAUAAAUCUAGCUAAUGAAUUAGGCUUUCAAUCAACAGAUAUUGCUCAAAUUCAGAAGGAAUACCCAGAUAGUAGUGGUCAACAAUGCAUGAGUAUGCUUAAUUUGUGGAUGAAUGAAAUAUCUGGACAAGAUUCUGUUACAGCCUUGGAAAGAGCUUUGAACAACAUUGGUAGAGUUGAUGUAGUGGAAAAAUGUAAUUUUGCUGAAAUCUGCCAUUAUCCUUCGAAAAAUGGCGCCUACACGAAACCAGAAAAACAUCAAAAUUAUCUACCUUCGGAUAGUAAAUAUGCCGCUGAAGAAAAGGUAAUAACUGAAGAUGAAGUAACUAAAACUGUAACUGAGAGACGAAUGGAAAUCGAACAACGUUUAACUGGUGAGUCAAUUGUUAUUGAAAAAAAACAAGAGCCACUAGUUAAAGAUCACGAAGUUGUAUCCAAGCCAGUUGAGGAUCCGAUUGAACCUACGGAAGUGUCCUUUGAACACAAGCGUAUGUCAUUUGAAAGAGGUGUAUCAAUUGAACAGGUAUUACAAGAAGAUAUUCCAAUUAAAGAAAAAUCGGCAAUAUCCGAAGAUAAAAAAAUGUCUUCAAUCGAAGAAAAACCAUUAGACGUGGAUGUAGACGCAACAAGCUUAACGUUUCACGAAAAAAGAUUAUCAUUUGAACAAGGCAUACCCGUAAAAGAAAUUAUACAAAAAAAGACUGAAGACAUUAUUUCUGUACUUGAAUAUAGUGAAUAUGAAAAAGAACCAACAAUGAAUGAAACUAAACAAAUGAUCCCGAAAAAGGAUACAUCGAAAGAAGUAAAAUUGUCUGGUAUGAAAACAGAACCCAGUCCAAUUAUUGAAUUGACAAAAGAAACAAACGAACAAAUAAGACGUGAUUCGUUACUGUUUGAAGAGGUUUCUCAAGGUUUAGUGAAACUAGAUUCGGCUAGUUCAAAAGUAGAAGAAAAAUCUGGUCUACUAUCACCUCAAUCAUCGAAAACUCCACCACCUAGUCCUGCAGAAUUCAAGGAUACGCAGCAGCAAAAUGAACCCAAAAAAUGUCAGUUAGUAUCAGCAACAGGAAAAGAACAGCUUACAGCAUCCUGGUCACAGGACAAUGAUGACUUGUUGGACACCCAUGGUUUUGGUGAACACCUCAACGGCAUUGAAACGCCAAAUUUAACUAAACCGAAAAAUCAUAAAUCGUUGGCGGACAUUGAUGAGGAAUUUGAGGAACGGUCGGUUGUUUUACAUCCCUUUUUUGAUCAACCAAAAAAAGAUAUUUAUGAACAAGUACAAAUUAUAGAACGGUUAGAUGAUUCACCUGCCUUUGAUAGUCCUUUAACAGAUAAAAGUAUAUCUCAUCAUGACACAGGAAUAAGUCUAACUAGAGAAUAUUCUGAUACAUUAACUAGUUCAGGACUAAAGACAAAACCAAAACACACAGAUACAGCUUUUGAUGAAGAAGCAGAACUCACUGAUGCUGGAUUAAGCCCAAUUCAACCUGAUGAAGUCGGACUUUCUGUUAAUGAAAUAAUAGAAAUAAAGAAAAAAAUUGGAAUGUAUGAUGCGGGAAAUAGUCCAAUAACAUUUAUGGAGUCCAUAGCUCUAUCUCCUUUUGAAAUGGUUACAAGUGAUGUAGCGACAAUAACUGAUGACGUAAGAAAAAAAGAUGUCGCAAAUAGUCCAAUAGAAUCAAAUAAAAUUCAAAAAAACGUAGACACAGCGGUUGAUGUCAAAAAAAUGAUAAUGCAGUUAGAAAAAUCGGGAAAUGAAAAUUUGAUACCUGAACAAACACCGAAACGAAAAAUGCAACUAAUAACAAAAAAUGAAAAAUCAAGCACAGAAGUAUUUAAAGAACAACUAAAAACUAAUAUGUUACAAAGCAUUGAUAAGAUAAUAGACAAAAAUGAUACAAAUGCAAAUAAUUUAUGCUUAAGACGAAUAGAAAACGAAAUUAUUUCACCCGAAAAUUCUGAAAAGUUAAAAAUAAUAGAAACGACAGAUUCAUCACAAUCAUUGCCCAAAAAUGAUAGUGAAGUGAUAAUCGAAAAAAAAUAUAUAUACACAGGGUAUAGACAAGAAGAAAAUAUUAAGGAGAAAAUUAAACUUACGGGGAUUUCUAAAGAAUUAAAACAAUUAAUUGACGAAGAUGAAAAAGAACAAGAAAGGAUUUAUAAAGCACUGAUGAAUGAAGACAUAACAGAUGAUGAAAAAUAUAAGAAUAAAACACCUGUAGUAGAAGAAACUAUAAAGCCUCAACAUAUAAACAUAAUAACAAAUAAAGAUGACAUCAUCAAUGAAGACAUGUCAUCAACAAUGCAAACUAAUAUAUCACAUAUUAUUGACGAAAAAGACACAAAUGAUAAAAAAGAUACAGCUACAGAAAAAGAAGGAAAUGUUUCAGAUGAUGAAGGAAGUGAAAUAAUUAGUGCAAAAAAAGAUAAAUCAAUAUCCUUUAUUCCAAAAACCAUAGAAAAAGGAUUAAAAGAUAUUACGUUGACUCUAACAAGUAUUGUAAAGAAAAUGGAUGUAAAUGAUAUGUCAGGAAAGAAAAUAGAGGGUGAAGGAGAAACUAAGAUUACUAAGGCAAAGUUGAACAGGAUAGAUAUUGAUAGUGAACUAGAAUCAAAUAAAAAUAAAAACGAAAAAAAUAACAAAAUUGACAUAAAAGAUGAUAUACAAACAACUAAAAAUAAAGUCUAA